AUGGAUUCGCCAAAGCAGCUUUACCCAACCUGGGCCCUGGGGUCAUCUAAGAUGCCCAGUGAAGAGAAUUCCCAGGAAGGCUCAGGUACCUCUCAAACUAUCUCCGAAGUAUUAACAAAGAAUCUUGGUAAAUUGACUCUCGACUCUAGUAUCAAACUCCCUUCCCCUCUACCAGAAUAUCCAUCCCAGGAGCAGGGCAGAGAGAAGAAACCGCAGGGGCUGGUUGAGCGCAUCCUUAGCAGCAGCAGGAGGAGGAGGACUGGAGUAAGGACUUUGUUAACUGCUCGGAAAGAAAGGAUGGCAAGGAUGAUUCGAAUGAUUCAGUACCAGCGCUACCUCAGCCCGGGGCCCCAGCUUCAGAAAGAUCUACAGCAGAAGGAAGCUGAGGAGCCGCCGCCGCGCCACCGUCGCUCGCCAACGCCAGCGCCGCCUCUAGCUCGCCCAGCUCCAGCCCAAGGAGAAGGGGGGUAA